AUGUCCCUUUUAAAAAGAAGUCUUAACUUACUAAGUAAGAGCACCAGCUCUUUACUGUCGGUGCCUAGUAUUUCAAAAACAAUCAUCAAUCCAAUUGCAUUCAAACAUUUUUCAACAUCAACACCAUUUUUCAGCCAACAAAUCAAUAUUAAUAACCAACAAUCGACUGAAGAAAGCAGUCCAUUUGCACACAAGCAAAACCAACAACAGCCUGUCGAUGAUGCUAAAACCGCAGAAGCAGCUCAAGCAGCUCUCGAUGAUGCCUUGCUAGAUAAAAUAGAUCAACAAAAGCAACAAAAAAUUAAAAAGGAAAUCGUGGUGGACGAAAAAGUCGUUUCAUGGAAACUAUACGGCCGUUUCAAUAGACACAACACUAGAUGCACUUUGGUUGCCGUUGUCGAAGACCUCAAUUUCAUGAAAAACAAUGAACAUUUGUCUUAUAACGAUAAAGUCAUCUACUAUAUGCAAUUACCUCACAAGGUGAAAUACGAUGUCACAGCAGGUAUGUUGGGUUUCAGAAAGACACAGAGACAAGAGUACGAGGCUGGUUUCCAAGUUGCGGCAAAGAUGUUCAAAACAAUCCAAGAAAGAAACUAUAUUGGCCCCAACGAUAAAGUCGAAUUGGUAUUUACAAAUUUCGGAAAGGGAAGACAAGCAUUUGAAGCAGCAUUAUUGGGUAAAGAAGGUUCAUUUUUAAGAAACAAUAUCGUGAGAAUAGUGGAAAACACAACUCUCAAGUUUGGUGGUCACAGAUCAAAGAAGGUACGUCGUUUGUAA